UAAGAAUACUAAUAGCCUCACUCCGCCGCCUGGAGUCUGACAGGAAAUGAUAUCCCUUUAAGACAUAACAAGUCUUGUCUCCAUCUCAGACCAUAUGUUCUCUGCCAAGAACACCGACACUCCCAAUCCCUUUCGUCCAGCUCUCCAAUACCUCCUUUCAGCCAGGGGGGACAUCUCUCAAUCACCUCGUUCACGAUCAAGUCACCGCCCAACCAGCUCCUCAGGAAGUCUGGACUCUGAGGACGAAACUCCUCGCUCAAGGAUGUCCUCCUAUAAUCCCAAAUCCUCCACGGAAUUCCGAACUUCUGCAAUUCCACUAGUCAAUAUUUCACGAACCCCAUCCCCUUCCCACGCACGACAAAGUCCCAAUACCAACGCCGCAUCCGAAACCGAAGAUGAUGACGAUUGGGGGGACCAAUAUGCUCUGAAUGAGCCCUUUCUGUUACAACAGGGCAGAAAACUCACGGGCUGGAGGAGACUACUACGAGGCGGCGGGUUCGGCCAGUGGCUCUUCACGACUCAUCUAGGAUGGCAGUUCUAUAUAGCCGUUCUGGUCCUCUGGCUAGGAGGCUGCGAGAUAGGCCUUACUAUUAUGAACAGGAUUAUUCUCUGGACGGGGGUUUACAAGUUUCCAUAUCCAUUGACGACCACUCUCUUCGAACUACUUAUUACCCAUUUCUUUGUCGUCCUAUCAGCAUAUAUUACUAGGUGGACCAGUCCUUGGUUGACCAGCGCGGGUGUCGCGGGGAUGAUUGCUCCCUCGCGCCCCUUGCAAUCUCCAUCAUCACCAGGACCUCGAAGGAAUCUAGGUGUCCUGGGCUCCAUAAAGAGGUGGGCAUCAGACCGAUCGGGCGGUAUUGCAGGUGGAGGAUUCUUCGAAUUUGAGUGGCCAGUCGCAAAGCAAGUCCUACCUGUUGCGGUAAUCUUUGUGGCCAAGAUCACCCUGAGCAACUUAUCCUUCGCAUACGCCCAACUCCCAAUCUAUGUCCUUGCGCGGAUUGGUAUCGUACCAAUCUCCUUAAUCCUCACGGCUCUCCUGUCACAACAACAGCACUCUGUCUCCACAAUCUCCUCGGCCUUAACCGCAACUCUUACUCUCCUUGUGGCUAUCUCUCGCUCUAAUAUCCGCGUAACAUGGGAAUCCAUCGUCGCCGGCGUAUUCUCCUCCUUCUUCGUUGCCCUCUAUCCUGUGCAGCUGCAAAGAACCUACAAAUCACUUCUCGCCUCUCUCGUUCCACAAGGCGAUCUCCUAACCACAUUCCCAUCAACCAACCCAGGCCUACCAGCCGACCACUCUGGCUCCCGCGAAGAAUCGCGAGCCUACUGGCGCUUACUACACUACCUAUCCAUCCUCUCCAUCCUCAUCUUCCUGCCCCUCCCCUUCCUAUCUGGCGAAUUGUCAAACAUUUCUCGAAACUGUUAUUUCCUCGACGUCUUCUUCCACUGGUUGAUGGUUUUAUGUGGCGGUCUGGGCAGUUGGGCAGUGUUCUUCUCGACCAUCGCCCUCACGAGAGCGACGAGCCCGCUCACCACAACCUUUCUGUUCAUCCCCAGAGCGGCGUUCCUCCUGCCAAUCAUGGCAAAAUUCAAAAUGCCGGCGUACAGCUGGAUUGGCAUCGGCAUGUGUUGGGCGAGCUGUGCUUGGUUUGUGAAGAGCAGAAGGAAGGAAGCGAGAAUAUUGGGGAUUUGAUUUGAAGCGACUUGACUUUCUUGACCGCAUUUUUGAGCCGUUUUCCUUGUUAUUGAAAAGCCUCUUUGAGGUCAGCCUGCUAUUUGGCCAUGGCUGAGAACAUUCUGUAUAAGAGGGACUGGAAGUUUGGGUAGAUAUAGAUCGAAGUUCCUACCUAGCGUACUGUAGGGCUUUUUGAUGAUCUAGGGAUA